UUGAGCGAGCCAGUGGUUGUUUGGAGUUGUGAGUGGUCGUUGUGUAGUCAGUGUUUCAGAGGAAUAUUUAAAACAUUCUUAUGAUUUUACGUCAUCAAUGAUGGAUCUGUCACUGGAUACUGGUGUAUAUGCGACAACAAUUGUGAAUACCUGAUUGUUGGAUAUUGGUGAAUUGCGUUAGUGUGCAAUGAAGUUUUCUUGUGUGUAACUCGGAAAGUUUCUUCUCAAGUGCUGCGCAGUGGUUUUAUACCUUGAGGCGGUUGUACUUAAUGUUACCUGUGCGGCAGGCAACAGCAGGCUAAGGUGAGUGUCCUGAAGAUUACGAAAGGUGCCAAAGCUCCGAUCGUAGCAAAGAAUUUUCGGCAGGAAUAUGCAACAAAACGAAAAGCGUAGAUGAAUCCAGCGGAAGCAGCCGUAGCCAAGAAGCAGCAGGAGCGGGAAACUCUGCGCAAUGUAAUUGCGCAGUGGAAUGCGAACCGUCUUGACCUUUUCGAACUCUCGGAGCCGAAUGAGGAUCUCGAGUUCCAUGGGGUCAUGCGGUUUUAUUUCCAAGAUUCCGGCCAGAAGGUUGCCACCAAGUGUAUCCGUGUCGCGUCUGAUGCCACGUCGCAGGCCGUCAUUGAGACACUGAUUGAGAAGUUCCGUGCAGACAUGAGAAUGCUCUCGUUACCUGAAUAUGCCCUUUAUGAGAUCCAUGAAAAUGGAGAUGAGCGACGACUGGGUAUGGACGAGAAGCCGCUGUUGGUACAGCUUAACUGGCACAUGGACGAUCGAGAGGGCAGAUUCCUGCUGAGGCGUAUAGACGAUAAAACCAAUGUACCCGCAGUUGGGUUUCAAGAUGGGGGCUCCAGCUUCAGACGGAAGUUAUCAAAACGUGAGAAGAAGCAGCUGAAGAAACAGGAGAAGCUCAACAAACUUAAAAUGAAUGCCCCAACAAACAGCGAAAAUGACGGUGGUGUUGCAGGGAAACUGUACACAGAACUUCCAGAGACCAGUUUCACACGCUCCAUUUCAAAUCCUGAAGCCGUCAUGCGACGCCGUAGACAGCAGAAACUUGAGAGGAAGCUUCAACAGUUCCGUAGCAAAGAUGGAGGGCCAGACACAGGAGGCACGUUAAAGAUCUAUGGGGAGUCUCUUUGUCCUGAUGUUCCAUACAAAACAUUGCUCUUAUCUGUGCGUGAUACAGCACAGCAAGUUGUGAAAGAAAUGCUCACAAAAUAUGGGCUGGAUAGAGAAAUUGACCCCCACAACUACUGCCUUGUGCAGGUAAAUACAGCAGUACCAGCCGAUAACGGGGAGAGUAAAGAAUACCAUGGAGGAACAAAUAACCGUGAAUACAUACUGGAUGAUGAUGAGUGCCCUCUUGCAAUUCUCAUGAACCACCCUUCAUCACGUGGUUCUAUAAUGUUCCAUGUUAGGAGGAGGCCUGCUGAUUACCAUCCACGUAAACGGAAGAAGAAACCUCAACAGAAAUGGAACAAAGGCAGCGAGCUCAUGGAAUAUCGCUAUGAGGAUGGAUAUGAUAGGCUGCCUUUCUUCCUUGAGCUUAACCCAGAUGGCACUGACAUUACAAAUGGUACACCAAAACGUCACCGACUUCACCCAAACGUGACUGAAGUUGGGAGUGAACGACCAAUAAAUACAGCUGGGUCACAACAGCAUGGCCAUCAGUCACAGUCACUACAACUUUUUGGGCCAAAUGUUCAGCCAAGACACUGUGUCAUUGCACAUACAGAAGGAAUUGUUACAGUUACGCCGUGCAGCGGAAAUGCAGAGACGUAUGUGAAUGGUCAGCGCAUUUAUGAGACAACAAUAUUGCAGAAUGGAGCGAUCGUCAAGUUUGGUCGGAUACACAAUUUUAGGUUCAUUGACCCCUCACAUGAUGAUAGGUCUCGGCAACGGCAUGACUCAGCCCGGCAAGGUUUUGACUUCGCAUAUGAUAGACAAUCCUCACGAGAAGACGCUGUUAGUCAUGGUGGAGCCUCGACACCUGGUCAUAAUAGCAAUAAUAAUAUUGGCAACGGCAACAGCAACAGCAACAAUACUGGUCCUAAUGGAACUUCCCAGAAUUAUGAAACGACGUUUGAUGUAGACGGUAAUGUGGAGACAGUAUCAACAUCAAGUCUGGGGAACAAGGAGGAAACUCGAUCGCAAAGAUCUGUUAGCAGUAGCAGAGAUGGAAACAGGAUGCCAAAUUAUGAACGAUAUCCACGUGGGACAGAUCCAAUCCUUCCAGCAGUACUUGAGUUUCCUGAAGAAACUGAAGAAGCAUUUCUUCAUGCAGUAGUUACAGACCUGGAUCCAGCAGCGCCUCAUUUUAAGCUUGCACCGACGUAUACAUUGUACCUAGUGGCGAGGUAUCGAGCCUCCACCCAUUACAGACCAGAGCUAACUCCAACUGAGCGAGCCCACAGGCUUACUGUACUGCUUGCAAGAGUAGCUGCCAUCAUACAUAAUGUCAUACAGGAGAGGUAUGCUGAUGCCAAGUGCCUGGCUUUCUGGAUGGCAAAUUCUUCAGAGCUUCUUCAUUUUCUGAAGUCUGACCGGCAUAUUUCUGCAUUUUCAUUGGAUGCACAGGAUAUAUUGGCAGAUUGUGUGCAGAUAGCCUUCAAAAAUCUUGUGUCGUGUUUGCAAGGGGAUCUUGCAGCUGCAAUGCCUCACUUUAUGUCAGAAAGAGAUGAUAGUCCAGAAGACGAGAACACAGCGACGGUUCUUCAGGUGUUGACGUCGGCAAUGGCAUUACUGCGGAGAUGUCGUGUGAAUGCUGCCCUGACCAUACAGCUGUUCUCUCAGCUCUUCCAUUUCAUCAACAUGUGGUCUUUCAACAAGGUGGUGACAUCGCCCACCAGUCCACAUCCACAGCAACCCCACAGUGUAUGUUACUGCACCAGAGCCUGGGGUCUGAGACUUAAAUCAAAACUGGCACAGUUAGAAGCUUGGGCAGAACGACAAGGGUUGGAGCUUGCUGCUGAUUGUCAUCUGGCUCGAAUUAUACAAGCAGCACAUCUCUUACAGGCUCCAAAAUACAAUGCUGAUGAUCUAGCAACGUUAAGCUCAACAUGCUUUAAACUCAACUCACUACAGCUACGAGCCCUUCUGUCAAAAUAUCAGCCGACAUCUGAUGAACCUCGACUGCCACAUGAGCUGAUAGAAAAUGUGGUGAGGGUGGCAGAAAAUGUAGCAGAUGAAUUGGCUCGCUCCGAUGGACGGGAAGUGAGGCUGGAAGAGGAGCGAGAGCUGCAGCUCCCGUUCUUGCUGCCGGAAGAUGGGUACAGCUGUGAUGUUGUGCGUGGUGUGCCCCAGGGUUUGGCCGAGUUCUUGGCUCCUCUACAGCAUGCUGGUCUCUGCAGAAUGAGCACGCAGCCCACAUCUAGCGGACUCUGGACCAUAUACAUGACACACGAACCCAAUCCAGGGGCUCGAAGUCCAAGUGCAAUGAGCAAUAGAUCAGGCGGCUAUCCACCUCCUCGGCAAGAACCUGAAAUUCAAGUCAUCAAACUUAACAAGUCAAACAAUGGUAUGGGACUCAGCAUUGUUGCAGCAAAGGGUGCAGGACAGGACCGCUUGGGUAUUUACAUCAAGUCUGUGGUGAAAGGAGGAGCAGCAGAUGCAGAUGGUCAGUUACAAGCAGGUGACCAGUUGUUGACUGUUGAUGGACAGAGUUUAGUUGGAAUAACACAAGAAAAGGCAGCUGAGUACCUCGUUCGAACUGGUCCAACAGCAACGCUGGAGGUUGCCAAGCAGGGUGCUAUUUACCAUGGCUUAGCAACAUUACUUCAGCAGCCCUCACCAGUGAUGGGAAGAGCUCCAAAUCUGACAAGAUCUCGCCCUAACUCUGAACUACUUCCUCCAACUUACAACAUCAGACCUAUCGGAGGACAACUGCCACCUAGCAUGUCUGUAGCAAACCUACAUUCUUCAGCUUCAAUCAACAAACAACAUCCAUGUGCUUAUCAAGAGAGACUUGUUGACUGGAACAGCCAAUCAGGGUCUCGUCGUAUGAGUGAAAGAGAUUUGCCUUCAAGACUUCUAAGUGAGCAGAAUCACAAUGGAGAUUCUAGACGAAACAUAGCCCCCAACACACCCAUACAAAGUUCAAAAUCGGUUCCAUCACUAAACAGUGCAAACAAUGAUCUUGUGCAUGGCCCCACCUCACCUGCACCAGGUCCGAGCUCUACUCCAGGUAGCAAGCAACAUGAGGUAUUCAACCCUGGUUACAGCCGCACCUCGUCCACAAAUAGCAUUCCUCAGAAGACAUUUGAAGUCCAGUCACAACCUGGCAGUGCUACAGGACUUAGAUCAAAGUCAAGUCAAAAUCUCAAUGACCCCCGUAGCCCCACAUCGGCUUUACCACCAACUGGCCUUGGAUCAAGGCAGUCUUCAAAUCCAGCUAUUCAUCAUUCCCCGCAUCUGCAGUCAACAGUCCACCCACAUCACAUGAAUCAACAUCCACACCCAUCUCAGAUAAAUCCACAACAUCCGUCACAAGCCCAGCAUCCACCACUGCACACAAAUCACCAUCCGCCACAGAUGCUUCCCCAGUAUCCGUCACAUAACCAGCAGCAGCAUUCACCCCAUGGUCAGAAUUUGAUGAACCAGCACCAGAUGAACCAGCAGAACCAAAUGCAGAGUCAACAGGGCUGUGAAGGGGAGCGUUUCUAUCAGAACUUGAGUAUCUACAGGAAUCAUGAGCUACACAAUGGUUACCCUCCACCAAGCCCAAACAGAGGGAAACUGCCUAGUCCACAGGCAAAUGAAGACAGGAGUCCCACACACCAGCAGAAAAGUUUGCGAGGUUCACAGUCUUCUCUGCACCGUCCACCAGAAGGUCCUUUAGGUCCUGGUACAAGAGAUCGUCCAGCCUCGGCAUAUAUUCCCCAGAAAGAUCAGUAUGGUAGCCCUCAACAUGGCACAGGCAUGGCUCCGCGCUCUCAGUCAACACGUGACAUCAUGAGGCAAGAAGCAAAACUCCAAGAAAUGCAAGAAGAAGUCCGGAGGCGGGAAAUGAGAGGUGGAAUAACAUCGCCACAGCACUAUCCUCUGCAACCAGGGGGACACACCCGGCCUCAGAUAUUACCUGGGCAUCCUCAGCGAAUCCCCAACACCAGUUAUCUGUAUAGCAACCAAGACCCAAACAACCCUCAUUACCCUCAACAUAAUGCAGUGUUGCCUUAUGCACAGUCUCCUGGCCAUAGUCAGGCCCAGUCCUCAAGUAGCCUUCCCCCCUCUCAGUCAUACAGCGGAGCUCGUCCCCACGUGGGCUAUGUCCCCCCACCCACAGCUCCCAAACCGACACGUUACCCAGGCCCAGUGCAAGCUGGCAAUGAGUUACAGAGGCCACCUUUAGGCAGCGAUGCACAUGGGUCUGUUCGACCGUCCAUGCCUCCUGAAGAUGUGGGGUACCGAGAUUCCCCUCCGCCACCCCCUCCUACAUCAACACAUCCUCUUUACCAGUCUGGAAGUUCGAACGUCGGACAGAAACUGACCUCCCCUUCUGGAAAUCCUGAUAAUAGAUAUACAGCCAGCAUGGGGGAGCCCCCCCGAGGAACCUACUACCCUGCUUCUCCAGGUACUGGAAAUCAGGCGUCUCGUCAUUACCAGUUCAAUGCUACCAACCCUUGGGAAAGAGAGGAGCGGGAAAAGGAGCAACAGCGCAGGCGAGAGGCAGCAAGAGCGUGGCGCGACCAACAGAUUUCUGAGCUGAGCAACUUACCUCAGCGCACAUCUCAGCAGGACGAGCAACUGCGAGCACUCAAGUUGGAACGAGAAUUCCAACGGCGAGCAGAGGAGUGUGCGCGGCAAGAGGAAGAGGAGGAAGGGGAAGAGGAACAAGAAAGUGCUGAGCGAGUGCAGGGUUUGUUGCGUAUGGCAACGCAGCAGCAAGAUAAUGCAGACAAUUCACAAACACAGCAGCAGAACUCUCGACGGCCGCAGCUUAUAGAUUUCCAGCAGAAUGAGCGAUUGUCAGCACUACCUAACCCUAACACAAUACCAAAGUCACCUUUGCCGUCUGGAGGCAACGUUGCGGCCGUUGUGGCUGAUGAGAAGGAGAGGGCAAGGAGAGCCGAAGAAAUUAAACGAAAGCAAACGGAGGUGGACUCCGGCAGGGAACAAGAAGAUCGAAUAUUGCUUGAUACAUCAAAACAAAAGGAUGAAGAGAUGAAACAUAAUGUUCAGCAUCAGAUGCUGCAGCAACCAGUGCCACCACAGCAGCCAAACAAUCAAAUUUUAUCUCCGAGUUCACAGAGCACUGCAGCUCAUACAUCCAGGCCACUGACUCACGUUUCUCAGCCUGCAGCAACACCAAACAAUAAUCAGUACAUGCUACCAACUCCAAAAUCUCUUAAUCCUGGCCAUCUCCGUUUAGAUAACCUUGUCAUAAACGGACCAGCAUCACCACCGCAGAUUCACCACAGCAGAUAUCAGUCCACAAAUCUUCAUCAGCAAUAUAAUGGUUAUGUAACAUCCCAUACAUCUAACAACAGUGCAACCACAACGGGCAGUUAUUACCAACAUGAUCACAACAAAUUACCAGUAAACGCUAUGUUGCCACAGAAUACAACCCCAAAAGUAGAUGCAGUUAAUUAUUAUCAGCAUCAGGAGUUAAAUACAAACUCAAAGCCAGCAGUUGGUAAUCCUGCAUCACCCUUACAGCACACUGGUGCACAGAGACUGGAUUCACUUUUGAUGAGCAGUUGCCAGCAGACAAACAGUUUGAAUGAAAGGAACACAAAUCUUUCAGUUCCACCUCAGCCACCAGAGAGAGGGUCAUCAUUUACAGUUAUGUCUCAAACUCAAGGUGUACUGAGAAAUUCCACUACAAAUGUUUCAUCAGCUGGGCCUGACAGGAGCAACAUCAUACAUCACAGGGGGUCAGAAACGAAUCCAACAACGAUAAAAAGAGUGUCAUUCCAUGAUCCUAAUGCCAAUCAGCCUACUCCACAGCCCCCAAUGGAGCAGAUUUGUGAGGAUCCAAAUCUCUUCAUUAAUGAGGCUGAGACCUUGCUAGCAUCUCCAAAGAGUCCUGAUGGUGGUCCAUUCGCUGGAAAUACUCCAGGAGUGAUUGGAGCUCAGGAAGUCUACAAAGAUCCUCGUGCAAGGUUGCUGGCAGCUCAACAGCACCAGAAAUUACUGUCAACCCGUUCAGGCCCUUUGCCAGAGAAACUCAGUUUCAAAGAGAAAAUGAAAAUGUUUGCAAUGGAAACAGGAGAAGAUGGCACUCCACGAGAUAAAGUUAAAAUCUCGCGAGCCCAGAGAGAAAUUGACAACUUGGGAACUCCGUCUGGUUCUAACAAUAUUGGAAAUUGACAGUAGCUCUGAAGACUUGAUUUGUGAUAUGGCCUAGGGGCUGUUCGGUUGCUUGUGUAUUGAUGCUUCUGCGUGGAUGGUGUGAAAAUAUGUGAUACUGAACAAAAUGCGGGAAGAAACAUCAAGGGCAUGAAAUAAUUCUUGUGUGUUGUCAUAUUAAUUGAAUCUUCUGUUGACUUUUGAAUACAGGAAGUGUAACAUAUCAGUUUCUGCUUUUUAGGAGUAACACUUUGGUGUUGGUGGUCUAUUUUCCAGUGAACCUUUUCAUAAACAAUAUAUAUUUGUAUGUUGAAACUAUUGCAGUGAAGUGGUUUCAAAGUGGUCUAUAUUCUCCUGUCCCUUAUGAACUAUAGACAUGUCAUGUCUUGUCUUAGCAUUGCAAAUUCUCAACAGAAUUCCCAGAUUAAAAACGUUUAUGUACAUAGAACUAAUAAGACAUAUAGAGAAAGUGAAAUAAUUGUGCUUUAUAUAAAAGCAAGCUCAUGGUUAAGAAAUUGCAUAAGUGAAAUUCGUGCACUUCUGUUGCACUUCCUUGUCUUUGCUGUUUGUAGGUUGUUCAUUAUAUGCUCAAGUUCACUGUAUGCAGGCUAGUAACAGUGAGACAUACACCAACACUGGCAGUAAAUGUUACUCAGUACUCGUUACUUUCCACCAAUGAC